AUGGCUCAGACAGAACUCUGGUCAACAUUGGUCACUGCUAUCGACCCCGGUAAUCACAAAGCCAUGCCGGCUGUCCUUCAAUCUACCAUCGAAUUACUUGAGACGGAGCUCGUCAAGGCCAAGGCCGCUCUCCAGGAAAUCCAACCGCAUGUUGCUGCGACGGCUAUCCAGCGGGACGAGCUGGCCAUCGGGGCCAUGGCCGCUUACCGCCAACAUCUCAUCGCACGAGCCCCCGACUUCUAUGGUUCUCGUCGCCUGUCAGCCAAGGAAAUCGGCCUAGAGCCGGUGGUGCAUGAGGUGGCAUCUGACAGUGAGGAGAGUGAUGUUGAGCAGCCACCAUGCACCGUGACUGUGAUGCCGCCCAAACGGGCCUCGCUCGUGGACCUGCUAUCCAAUGGCUUGAUUCUCGACCAUAUGGCUCCGUAUCUGUCUGCCUCGUCACUGCUGGCUCUGUCGUCGACUUCGCGCUUUAUCCGGUCAAUGGUUCUCGACACACCCUAUGUGUUUCGUCACCUCGACCUUACUCAAUGUUGCGGCGCCCAGGCCGCUCCCUUGGGUGCUGCUGCGAGCGUGCCCAUGGAUGAAGGCAUGGUGACAGAAGAUGAAUUCUAUGCGGCGCCUUUGAGGGGCGUCUUUGACAACCUAGCACGGCGAUCGAUCCUCCAGAGCGUGCGAACCUUGAUUUUGGAUGGUCUUUCCGUCCCGGCUGAUGUAGUCGGGGAUAUUGUGUUGUCGGAUCGCUUCAAUGUCAAUAUUUUGUCAAUCAGGGACUGCCAACACCUCAACGAGCGGAAACUGAUGCAGGUCCUCCAGUAUGCGGUGCGGCCAACGCGCCCUCCGGGAACCCCGCGAGUCAAGGGCAUUUACCACUUCACCCCCAUGGAGAACCAACCUCGCGCCCCUGUGCGGCCUCGAUAUCGCGAUUGGUGGGCCUCUAGAUGCCAGCCGCCUAGUGCCACGCCUCCGCCAGUGAAGGAGCCCACUCUGGAACCAGCCCAGUCCCAGGUGCAGAAUGCCUGGUAUCGCCCAUCCGGCCAACUACUCAAAAACAAUGUCGACGAGGAAUGGGCGAGAACCAUUGAAAAAUGCGAAGGCAUCAUUGCCUUCGAUGCAGUCUUAUGUCGCGCACCUAGACACAACCUAGUUUCAUCCACAAAUCAGCCAGAAGGUCGAUCUCUGAGGCCAGCCAUUGCUACGGUAGCCCUAGGACCUCAGGGCUGUGACAGCUGCAACACCUGCCCCGAGGCUCCGGCUAUUUGGGGCCAAUCCGCUCUCGAUAACUUUCCUUUACUCACUCCCGUGCCUCUCCAUUCGUCCUCCAUCAAGGCCGCCAAGCGUCCUGUCCUGUACUCUGACGAGAACCCGGCUUUUAUUGCCCGUUGCACGGACUGCAUAACCGAUCGACGGUGCCACCGCUGCAGUAAGUGGUUUUGCUCCGACUGCUUGCCCCAGCCCGUUCGGAUCAGGGCCAAUCUCUCGCCACAUCAAACGGCAGUCCAGGGGUCUGGUAGCGCCAGUGGCAGCGCUAGUCCAGUGCCGGAACAGGAGCUUGAGCAUGGUGUUAGCAAAGACUGCUGGGAAUGUGGUCCAACAUGCAUGAGCUGCAAGCUUGAAGUCGAACGAAAAUGCCAGAACUGCCGUGGUGAAUAUUGUAUCGAGCAUAACGAGGGUUGCUCUGACCAUAUGUGUGAUUGGUGCAAUACAAGCGCACGCCAUCGCUUGAGGGGCUUCAAUUGA